AUUGACUGUCAAUAAUUUGCUACUGUAUUAAAGUGAACAUUUCGAAUGUAAUUUUGACGUAAGGUUCUGAUUUAAUCAUUUCCGGUUAGAUCAUACGGUUCGGCGAACUUUCGGCGCGCAUGUGCAACAUUCGAUCAUGACGUGUACCAGCGCUACGUACGAAACAACCGUCUGUUUCGAGUGAAUUUAGUAGUGAUGAACGGUUAAUCAUGGUGAUUUCGAGAUGUAGUGGUUUAUUUCUCGUGAUUCAGUUUCAGAACGGGAAUAUUCACGCGGAGUGCGACUAAUUAAUUUUUCGGAAAUCCAAUACGUACUGCAUACCGCUGCGAUACUUUAGGAUAACUGAUAUUGGUGCUUGGUUUAAAAAUAUACGAUUUUUAUUUAUUUUUCCAGCAGGACGAACCGUUGUUUAUAUUGUGCGUUCUGCGUUAUCGUACAAUGUUUUGGUGAAAUCGAAUCGCAUUUCUAAACAGAUAUUUUCCUGAGUUUAACCAUUUACAAUUUUGCCAUCUUGGGUAUUUUUAAAUUUUUACGUUGUAUAAUUUUUCGGGAAUGUUAAUGAUCUGGUUCAUGGUUGAAAAGCGCUAAUCGGGGAUUCUGGGUGAUGAUUAAUUACUUUAUCAUUUUGGACUGAUUACGGACGGACGGUGCAUUAACACGGUUUACUUGUACUUGUUUUACAAGAGAAUUUUAUACAAAUUUUUAUUUUGAUCGCCCCAUCCUAAUUUGUCCUCCGCACGAUGCAAUACAGACGGCAAGCUCUCUCACCCUGUCCACGUGAUCCUCUCGCAUUUCCCGUCCGCCUCUAGUCAUGGUCAGUCCGCAUUCCCCGUCGAGCAGCGACUUCCAGCGUGUCACCCGCUCCAAGACCCGCCUGGCCCCCUCCGAUCCCUCCGACGUCAGUCCCCCCGCCGCCGCUUCCGCCGCCAACAGCGGGAAGGCCCGCAAGCGGAAAAUGAAAGCCGCACAGUCCAACGGCAGUCUUCCCUCCCCUGCGGCCAGCGUCGUGACGGUGGAGACCAACGGGAGUGUGCGCGGGUCCAAGGAUCUCCUGGCGGUGGGAUCGGGCAGCUUCCGACCGCGACUGCCGUCCAGUGCGUCCUUUGAGGAGCGCCGUAAGCGCGAACUGGAGGUGGAGGAGGAUGAAAGGAAAAAAAUCACUCUCUUCCGGUCUCCCUUGAUGACCGUGUACUAUUUUGUUAUGGAAGUGUCACUUUUGGUACGGGAGUUUGGGACCAGGCUCAUUCGCUCCAACCUGAUUAUUCCAUUUGCCCUUUUAUCUGCACUGGUUGUUGUCACAUACAACAUUCAGGGACCGCAUCAGUGGUAUUAUGCCUAUGCGGAGAAGAAACUGCUGGUUUGUCUUUACUGGAUCGGUUUGGGUGUAUUGUCAUCGAUCGGGUUAGGCACCGGAUUACACACGUUUAUCCUCUAUUUGGGACCGCAUAUCGCCUCCGUCACACUGGCGGCUUACGAAUGUGGGACACUCAAGUUCCCUGAACCGCCCUACCCCGACGAAAUUCUUUGUCCGGAAGGCAUUAACAAUGACGUUGAUUUUGUGCCGUCGCUUUGGAAUAUCAUGUCCAAAGUUCGACUGGAAUCGUUCAUGUGGGGUCUCGGCACUGCCAUUGGAGAAUUGCCUCCGUACUUUAUGGCCCGGGCAGCUCGCCUUUCCGGCCGGGAACCGGAAGAGUUGUUGGAAUUACAGGCUUUAUUGGAAAGCAAAGAGGAAAAACUGCCUCUCACUAUAAAAGAGCGAGCCACCGUCUUCUUGGAAGAACUGGUUCUCAAAGUGGGAUUCUUUGGAAUCCUGCUAGGCGCUUCCAUUCCAAAUCCGUUAUUUGAUCUGGCUGGUAUCACGUGCGGACAUUUUCUGGUACCGUUUAGUACAUUCUUCGGGGCGACACUGAUUGGGAAAGCGGUGAUCAAGAUGCACAUCCAAAUGAUAUUUGUGAUAAUUACCUUUUCCGAACGGCAUGUGGAACACAUUAUCAACUCAUUAAAACAUAUUCCGCGGAUAGGACCGUAUUUGGAAACACCGUUUGUCGAGUUCCUGCGUAAACAGAAGAGCAACCUACACCGGCAGCCGGGCACUGGCGCUCAUCAGACGGAGCAGUCGUGGCUGCAGUGGGGCUUUGAGAAGCUGGUACUGGUGAUGGUGUUGUCUUUUAUCUUAUCCAUUAUCAAUUCCCUGGCUCAGAAUUACCACCGUCGUCUGAGCGCCAAUGCCACCAGUCAGAAAGGCAAACUGCGUGAAUAAUUCUCCGCGAUGUUAUGGGGUGCUCGCGCACGUCUUCUUUGUCUUCUCGGUGACCAUGAUGGAUAAUUUAUUGCUUUUCUUCUUUUUUGUUGUUGACCAUGUUCUGAUGUUCUGACCGAAGAGAUGUUCUCUGUGGAUUUUUUGUCCCUGGUGCCUGUUGAAAUUACUUUGAUCGAGCCUUUUUAAAUUGGAAUAAAAAACAGAGUUGAUGCUGAACUGUUUUGGUGCUCUCCGUUUGUCUGAAAUUCCCAUUUUACGUGAAAAUGUUCAGUCCUUAUCCUUUUCGUGUAGUGUUCGGUGUGUACGAAAUUACGAAUUUUAUGAUAAUACGUUUACCUUGU